AAAACAUUUUGAUGAAUUGAAUAUUUGGUGUUGCUACUUAGUAUACCAGAAAUGAACAAUCUUAGCUCUAAGUUUAAGUUGUAGCAACAUUAAGGGUCAAUAGCUGUCACCGUGACGUUUAAGAAUUUUCACUUCCACUUGAGAUUCAAUCAUUUGUUUUUGCAAAAACUUGCAAAUUUCGAUAAAUUGAACUUUUAUUGACCAAAAAAUUAUUCAGGAUGAGUAGCGAGUUUGUCUGGGCUAUCAAAAACGGCGACUUAGAACAAGUUAAGGAUAUUAUUGAAAAACAAACCAUAGAUGUCAACCAAGAUGUAGAUGGAAGACCACUUAUAUUAUAUGCUGCUGACUAUGGCCAAAAAGCUGUGAUAGAAUACUUAAUUUCCCAGGGAGCAGAUAUUAAUGCCAAAGACAAACAUGGAAUAACACCAGUUUUAGCAGCAAUAUGGGAAGGACAUAAAGCUUGUGUGGAACUUUUGCUUUUAAAGGGAGCUAAAACAGAUGGGGUUGCUCCUGAUGGUAAAUCGUACAUGGAAUCCGCUGAGAGCAACGAAAUUAGACAACUACUGUCGUGUGCCAAAUAAAAUUGUCUUAUGAAAUAUUUGCUAGACGUGCUGAAAUAUAGCACUUGUUUGGCAAAUUCCUGCAUGGUGUGAUCUUAUGGAGGUUGUCAUUUGUAUCUGUAAUAAACAAUUUAUCCAAAGUUUAAAUUAUGCUAACAUUUAGAAUGGGCAUUUUUUAGUACUGAAACUUAUAAUAUGCUUUAGUUAUAAUAAUAAUCUUUUAUUUUUUUCAUCAGCCUAAUUUACAAUAAUCAAACUGCCUAAUUAUAAUAAAAAAGCAUUAAGUAUUUUGUUUAGAUCUCUUAAUUUUUUUGUUAAUUUUAAACUGUAUUUAAUACAAUGAAAUGUGCUGUCCCAAAAACUGUGGAAGAAAUUCAGUGUGAGAUAAAAGUAUUUUUAAAGUAGUAUAUUGAGCUACAAUAGGAAUAGGACUUUUUUAGUCAUGUGCUUAUAUAAUAAAUUAUGUUUAGGCAUAUGCUAUUUUAUUUUAUUAUAUUAUUGAACUGAACUUGUCCAUUUAUUUAUUAUUAAUUAUAAUAAACACAUUUUCUUAUAAAUAUAA